AUUACACCUUGGUGGCUUUAGCUGCAGACUUUACAGUUGCACUACAACCUCUUCAAACAGAUGGACUCACAGGGAGUGGAGGGAUGAUAACCAUUAAGAACAACAACUAAGCGGAUAUUUUGGUUUAUCAUAUCGAGAGCUUUGGGACACCGAGGGGGUGUUCUCAUCUCACAAGGUGUCUACAUGCAGCCAAGAUUCUUCAUGGACCACCUUGAAUGAUUUUUCUUAUUCAAACUUAUUUCUCUGCUGUACAACAAAUAAUUGUUCAAAACUUGCAUUGUCACAGAAUACGUCAUAUGUACACAUCGAGUAUAGACAUAUUUGUACUAUAAGUACAUGUAUGUAGACCACUAUGAACAUAUCGCCCAUUAGAUAAAGUGAGAGUCUGAGAGAUAGAAGUGACAGUAUCUAAAGAGAAAAAUGAAGAAGCCUCAUGUGGUUUGUAUUCCAUAUCCAGCUCAAGGUCAUGUAAACCCGAUGAUGAAAGUCGCAAAACUUCUUCAUAUCAAAGGCUUCCAUGUAACUUUCGUUAAUUCAGAUUUCAAUCAUCAACGUUUACUAAAUUCAAGAGGAUCCGAUUCUCUUCAAGGUUUACAAGAUUUUGGUUUCGAGUCAAUUCCAGAUGGUCUUCCACCUCCAGCGGAUGUAAACGCUACACAAGAUAUACCAUCUCUAUGUAUUUCAAUGCGAGAUACUUGUUAUGAGCCAUUUAAGAACCUUCUCAAUAAACUCAAUGAUUCUGGAGAAGUACCUCCUGUUAGCUGUAUAGUUGCUGAUGGAUCUCUGAGUACUUUCACUCUCAAAGUUGCGAAAGAGUUUGGAAUCCCUGAAGUAGUCUUUUGGACUAUUAGUUUCUGUGGUUUUGCUGGUUAUUUUCAUUAUCGUCAUCUUGUUCAGAAAGGUCUUGUUCCACUCAAAGAUGAGAGUUAUCUGACAAAUGCCGGGUUUCUUGACACACCCAUGGAUUGGAUGACUGGAAUUGGAGAUGUUAUCCGGUUUAGAGAUCUUCCAAGUUUCGUCCGAACAACUAAUCCCAACGAAGUCAUGGUCAAUUACGCUAUAGGAGAAUUUGCAAAAGCGAAAGAUGCGACAGCCUUGAUUUUCAAUACGUUUGAUGAUUUAGAAAAAGAUGCUUUAGAGGCUUUCAGAUCUCAGCUAUCACUGCCGCCAAUGUACUCAAUUGGUCCACUUCCAUUACUUCUGAAUCAAACUAACCAAAAUGAGCUGCAAUCCAUUGGUUCAAAUCUAUGGAAAGAAGAACCCGAAUGCUUAAAAUGGCUUGAUAUGAAAGAACCGGGCUCAGUCGUUUACGUAAAUUUUGGAAGUAUUACUGUGAUCACUCCACAACAAAUGAUUGAAUUUGCCUGGGGAUUGGCUAAUAGUAAACAUACUUUCUUAUGGGUAAUACGGCCGGAUUUAGUAGUUGGUGAUUCGGCAAUGUUGCCAGCGGAAUUUUUAGAGGAUACCAAAGACAGAAGCUUGUAUGCAAGUUGGUGCCCACAAGAAGAUGUAUUGAACCAUCCUUCCAUAGGUGGGUUUUUAACUCAUAGUGGUUGGAACUCAACAUUGGAAAGUAUAUGCGGGGGUGUACCUAUGAUUUGCUGGCCGUUUUUUGCGGAACAACAAACAAAUUGUAGGUAUUCUUGUGGUCAUUGGGGAAUUGGAAUGGAGAUUGAUAAUAAUGUGAAGAGAUAUGAAGUUGAGAAGCUUGUAAGGGAAUUGAUGGAUGGAGAUAAGGGUAAGGAAAUGAAGAUUAAAGUUAUGGAAUGGAAAAAGAAAGCUGAAGAAUCAACUUCAGUUGGUCGGUCAUCUGAUUUAAAUUUGGACAAUCUGGUUACAGCUCUUCUUUCUGGAACUACCAUUGUCUGAUUCGUAUUUGUUUUUGUUGUUUUGUUUAAGGUGAAUUGAUUGAUUGUUUGUUAUGUUAUGACAGAUUUGUAUUUGUUAAAUGAUUUUAUUAUAAAGAAUUGAAUUUAUGCUCAA